AUGAGCGAAGAGGAGCCGAAUGUCAAGAUGAGGAUAGUAGUCGUGAUCAUAUUUGUCCCUAUAUCGCUGUUGCUGUAUGCUGUUGCCAACGUUGUCUACAAUGUGUAUCUACACCCCCUGAGACAAUACCCCGGCCCCAAAGCCUGGGCCGCGAGCAGACUUCCCUGGUUCUACAAUACGACCAGCGGUCAGAUCCACACGCGACUCACGGCACUCCACAAGCAAUACGGCCCUGUUGUGAGGAUUGCUCCCAACGAGCUCUCCUAUACCGAGCCGGCGGCAUGGAGGCAGAUUUACGGCCACAGGUCGGUGGAAAUGCCCAAGGACCUCGAUGGUGCCGGGAUCAUGCCAUCCUCCAACGGGGCUUAUUCUAUCGUCAACGCGCCCCAUGACCACCACCUACGCCUUCGACGGGCGAUCGCUCCCGCGUUUUCGGAAAAGGCCCUCCGCGAGCAAGAGAGCAUGUUGCAGACUUACGUCGAUCUUCUCGUGUCGCGGCUGAAGGAAACUUGUAAGCGUGGACCUCAGGAUCUCGUGUCGUGGUACAAUUUCGCCACAUUCGAUAGACUCUGUCACAUGGGCCUCGAGAACAUCAUGUCCAUCCACUCUGCCUCUGAAGUCGUCGCAAAUGCUGACACGCUCGAAGAUAUCGAGUUAUCCGGGCGCAUUACAGUUCCGACCGAACCAAGCAAUGUCCAGCACGAGAUGAAGACAAAUGGUGCUGCACACGUCAACGACAUCGACUCCGACGGGUUCAGGUCUCGGGAAGAACUGGAUGUGCUGGUCAUAGGUACCGGCUUCAGUGGCUGCUAUGCCUUGCACAAGCUCCGAAAACUGGGAUAG